CCCCUCUCUCUCUCUCUCUCUCACUAUCUUUCACUAAUGACGAUCAAACCCUUUUGAUCUUCUCGUACACUUUCCUUAUUCGACUAUAACUCGUCAGCGUUUUCUUUUUCUUUUUUCUAGCCGUUACCCUCUUUCCAUAUUCAUUCAUUACAGAGAUAUUUCUAUAAGGAACAAUUUAUUUACUUAUCAAAUCUACUCGUUACCUUUGAUCCUCUGUUAUGAAUUCAAACUCUGUUUUUCUUGACCGUUACAGAGUGAACUAGUUUUGAUCAUGUCAUCACAUUCUUGGAAUGGGUUUAUAGAACUAGGAUUAGGGUUCUGUUUUGAAGAUUGAUUCAAUAACGAUUCAUUUGCGGUUUUUUUUUUUGUUCUUUUCAUUAUUUCACAUAUUUGUUCAUCGGCUGAUGUAGAGAGAGAAAGUCAUGGAAGUAGUUAAAGGGUCCGAUGCUGAAUCUUCGGGUAUUCCGACUUCGGAUGAUAAUAGUGACAGUGCAGACCAAAAGCCAGUCCCCAUUCAAGGGAUGAUGAUGACUCGUCCAACAAGACGAUCCUCGAAGGGAGGCUGGACAGAGGAAGAGAACAAAAUCUUGGCCUUUGCUGUUCAAAAGUUCAAUGGAAGAAACUGGAAAAAGAUUGCCGAAUGUGUUCCUGAUAGAACAGAUGUUCAGUGCCUUCACCGGUGGCAGAAAGUUCUUAAUCCUGAACUUGUUAAAGGUCCUUGGAGCAAACAGGAAGAUGAACUUAUCAUUAAGCUGGUUGAGGAAAAGGGGACUCAGAAGUGGUCUGAAAUAGCAAAAUGCCUACCCGGUCGCAUUGGCAAGCAAUGCCGAGAAAGGUGGUACAAUCAUUUGAAGCCAGAGAUAAACAAAACUCCAUGGACCAAGGAGGAGGAAUUGGCUCUUGUUAGCGCCCAUCGAGAAUAUGGGAACCAGUGGGCUAGAAUAGCCAAGUUUCUGCAUGGAAGGACUGAAAACGCGAUAAAAAAUCAUUGGAACUCCUCCCUGAAGAAGAAGUUGGAAUUGAAUUCAACAACUGGUAUUGUCUCAAGGAAUCCAGAAUCCGGUGUAUGUGGUUCGAAGGAUCCUAAACCAGUAGAGGGGAGAAAAGAGUAUGAGCAGAAGGUGGACUCAGACAUACAAAGAGACACUUUUUGGAGGUUGGAUUCGGAAGGGAGGGAAAAUCAUUUCCAGUCUCUCAAGAAAGGAAAUUGUCAUGCUCCCAGAGAUUGUUCAAAUGAUUCAAUAAGCCCAAAAAAUUUCAGAAUUCCCUCUUCACAUUCUGCAUUGGAUGUGGCUGUUCCAACUGGGAACUGUUUGGAUGGUGGAGAUUCAAGCCUCAGUGUCCAGAACAGGAAAGACUCAAGAGCACCAAUGAAAACAGUGGGAAAAAGUCUUGGUAGAUUGUGCUAUGAGCCACUCGAGGAGGAGGAUCUCAGUAUCUUUAUGAGAACCGGUAAAUUUCCAAGUACAGAUAGCUACAUUCGAGUACCGUCAUCUAAUCCAGUUUCUUAUAGCACUCCAAAGAAUACCCACGAAAGACGCAAGUCUGAUAGCCCAGAAUCCGUAUUGAGGAAUGCAGCGACGAGUUUUAAAACCAUGCCGUCGAUUAUAAGGAAAAGAUGCCUCAAAACUUGUAGUGCUCAAGGCAGCAAUGCAAGUUUCAGUGAUAGCAGGUCACAGGAAAAUAGGGAUGGUCUUGACGUUUCUCCCUCAAAGAUUCAGAAGCGCGGAAAUGACGAUGCAAUGAAAUGUGUCGAAAAACGUCUGGAGUCUGCCUUUGAUAAUGUGUUUGAUAAGCUGAAUAGAUCAGAUGAAGGUGGUGAUGCUUCUGGUGCAAAUUCAUGACUCGGGCUGACUUCAGGCGAGUCUUCUGUUUUUUGGCUUGUGAUCAAUUUUCUUUCCUAGUGGUUAUUCUGUGUUUGGACCAUGGAUUUGUGAAGGGGAAGGAAAAAGGUAAAAGAAAGAUACGAACGUAAAAGUGAUGAAGCAGACACUGUUUCCUUGAUUUUGCCAUCGUCAUCGUUUUCGCAACUCAAAUCUUUCAACAAAUCCAUGAUCCAUAUAUAGCCACUGUCUUGGACUAUUU